UAGAGAGCGACAAAGACUCGAAUUAAGAGCAGCGCGACUAACGACAACGACUCGAAGCUAUGGAGCGAGCACAAUAGCACUGCCUUCAGGGUGUGCUGAUUGAUGUCGCGCUGUGUCGCGCAUCAACUUGAUCGAAUUAGGUUGUCCGCAUCUCCGCAAUACUUAUCUUUCAUCCAUCGUAAUUUUAAUUUGCUGAAGUGACUCACGAAUGUCAGUGUUUGUCGAUGUGUUGCCGCGAUUAUGACGUCUAUCUGCGAAUCGGUCUCCUGUGUGUCUUGAUCUUUUGUUAUCGCGAAGGUGAACAUAACCCUGAGACAAUGAACCGCCCUGCUUCCAAGACAUUCUAAUUGCGAACGAGACGGCGGGCUUGUGACAUUGAACCAAUAUCCAGCUAGCCCGGGGCUGAGAUCAUCAUGGGCCUACUAUUCGCGAAGUUGUGGAGCUUCUUCGGCAACGAAGAACAUAAAAUAGUUAUGGUUGGUCUGGAUAAUGCUGGAAAGACGACUAUAUUGUACCAGUUCCUGAUGAACGAGGUCGUCCAUACAUCUCCGACUAUCGGAUCCAAUGUGGAAGAAGUAGUGUGGAAGAAUAUUCACUUUAUCAUGUGGGAUCUGGGUGGCCAGCAGAGCUUGCGAGCUGCCUGGUCCACCUACUACACAAACACCGAAUUUAUCAUUAUGGUCAUAGACAGUACUGAUCGUGAGAGACUUGGCAUGAUUAGAGAAGAGUUGUACUCUAUGUUAAAUCAUGAGGAAUUAAGUAAGGCCAAUGUGUUGGUCUAUGCAAAUAAGCAAGACUUGAAAGGCAGCAUGACUGCGGCUGAGAUUUCCAGGCAGUUGGAUCUAACGUCUAUCAAAAAGCAUCAGUGGCAUAUACAGAGCUGUUGCGCUCUUACAGGAGAAGGGUUAUACCAGGGACUCGAAUGGAUUGUCGGACGUUUAAAAAAGACAUGACGUACAUUAUGAGAGUCGAUUAUAAGUCUAACGAAAUAUCCAAAAUGUAAAAUAUAUUAUUAAAGUAAGUUAUCUUAGAGCCGCACACUUUGACGGUUAUACGAAAGAAGAGAGUAGUACGAAUUAUCGCAUUUCAUUAGUCAUUAGUUAAAUCUUUUGGUAUGACCCUCAAAGUGCAUCCGAUCACAUCAUUACAGCGAAUACUUAACGGACGGUGGACGGGCAAGCCUGUUCUUUAGCUGUUCUUUGUGCGGCAAAACGCGAACGCACUGUAAAUUGCGCGAUAAAAAGAACGUUUAAUAUUAAUUGCUAUUCAUAAUUGCUUAAUAUAAAACGUUUUCUUCCUUACAAUAAUAAAUACGAAAACUACAAGAAAAAAGUGCAAACGGAAAGAUAGGAAACAAAAUUUUAAACGUACAAUGAGAUAAUAAUUUUUCGCUGUUAGAUUAUAUACGAAAUGCACACUUGGUUGAUUGCUAUAAUUAAAUCAAAUCAUCAAAUGGAGUCGUAGAUUCAAUUGAUUUGCUUGAAUUGAAGAAAAAAGGGAAAUCUCAUUAAUUGCUUAUGUAAAUUUUAUAUAUCGAAAGUGCGAGAUUUCUUAUCCCGUCCACCUGCAUUCUGCAGUGAACAGACAGUAAAAAUAGACUAAAGAAGGCAACUCGUUAUUUGUACUCAGUUAAAGUAUAAGAGCGCAAUGGAAGUGCACCUGUGUACAUAGUUUUUUAUACUUCUCAUUAAAAGAGAGCGAGUUCUGUAGAAAAGGAAAGAAAAAAAAUAACGAUUAGGGGGGGAAGCACAGAUUUUACGACGUUUCCGUACGUAAGCGCCCGAGCGGAUUUCACAGCAAGAUCAUCCGAUUGAUGAGAUCUUUUCAUACAGCAGAAUACGAAUUGCUCUGUGAUAUAUGGAUUCAAUUCUGAGACAGUUGUUUACUGGAUAGAUCACGUAAUAGGUACGACUUGCGUGAUACACAAGAAGAGAAACAAAGAAUACGCUGAUAAAGUUUCAAUAAAUGUUUGUAAUAUUCUUCAGCAUGCAGCACGUAAUCGACACAGGUGAAUGGAAGUUUUAUAAACUCACUUUCGCUUUCUUCCUCAAUCGCAUAUGCCUCCAUUUAUCCUAUUUAAAUUUUUCUCUGACAACCAGAACGCAUUUACUGAAUCUAGUUGACAUACUGUAAUUAUGUUAGCUAAGAUAAAUGUUUGUAAUUAUUGUAAUUUUUUAUUUAUAACUGAUUAUUGAAGAUGCAAGUUUUUAACAGUUUAAGAAAGUUCAUUUUUCAAACUCCAUCCAGCUGUGAUUAUUGCACGCUAGAGCGAAGAUGGAAAAAGUCGAAAUUGUAACGUGAGAGAUUUACCUUGCCUCCAACCGACAGCUGUCUCGUUUCUGUUUUAUUUCAAUCAUAAAUGUAACAUCUAUCUUUUAUGUAACGUAAAAUAUUCCAAUAGGUGUAAUUAAUUAUCUUAGCAUUAAAAAAAAAAAAGAAAAGGAAGCGGUUAUAUAUCAGUGCCGACUAUCGAUUAACGGGUACAAACAAAGAUUACUGUACAGGAAAUUGUUGACAUCACACCGCGCGAGGAUUGUAAAUGCCGUCUAAUGCCAAGAGUGAGAUCCUAACGUUUAAAGUUACACAAAAGUUAAUACUAGCUUCUUUCUCAUAUUGAGAAAUGAGUUCUUAAAUGUCGAUGACACAAGGAACCCGUAUCACGUGUAUAUUGUUUGCUCCUCGAAAUUCUACGCGGGGUGUUACGUCGAAUCUUUGCCCGUCGCGAAUUUAUUCUCGGAAUGUGUCCGUCUUCUCUAUUUAACUAUACUUGUGUAAAAAAAAUUUUUCUGAAAAUGUAAAGUACAAGACAUAGGUUGUUUUAAAAUUGUCGAUGUUGACGGAGCGAGUACACGCGUAAAAGUGUAAUUCAUGCCGAGUUUCACGGACUCUUUAUACGGCCCGACGCCUGUCAAAUCUAUCAAAAUAAUGAAAAACCAGUUAUAUGUGAUUUAUUGGUCAUCUAAGUAUAUUGUAUAAGCCAGGGAGUACUGUACAAUUUUAUUAAAUAAUAACAAAAGCUAAAAUAUGCGAUGUCAAAUAAAUUAAAUCAGUUUCUA